CAGAUCAGUCCUGCCCGGCCACUUGUCUACUGGUCUGCAGGGGAAGGCGGUGGAGCAGGAGGCGGGAGGAGGGCGUGUGAGCUACCUGGGUGGGGGUGCCUGGUGCCACAAUGGCGAGGCCAGGGCUGCUGCUCCUGCUGCUGCUGCUGGCUUCACCACCACUGCAGCCCUCCUCACUGCCCAGGCCGGACACCGCAGAGGGCAAGGCCACCCUCGUGGGCCUGAUCCUGUCUGCACUGGAGAGAGCCACCUUGUUCCUGGAGGAGAGGCUGCCUGGAAUCAACCUGGACGGCGUGGUGGGCUUCCAGGUGCUAGAAGUGCAGCUUCGAGGAGUAGAGGAGAGGUGGACACCCGACCCCCUGCUGCGGCCACUGAGCCUGCGCACCAGGAAGCUGGCUGACCGGCUGGAGGCUCUCCUACGCAGAUCCAUCUUCUACCUCAAGCUGAGUGACCCCACAUACCUUAGAGAGUUCCGGCCCAGCCUGCAGCCCGGGUUUUGGAAGCUGCCGCGCACCUGGACGCACACCGACGCCUCGCUGGUCUACCCGGCGCUGGAGCCCGCGGACUCGUUCUCGGAGGAAAGCAGCGACGCGUGCCUGGUGCAGCUGCUGGGGACCGGGACCAACAGCAGCCAGCCCUGCGGGAUCUCAGACUUCUGCGGGACACUCAUGACCCAACCCAACUGCUCAGGCUACAAGCUGUCCCACCAGCUGCUGUUCUUCCUCUGGGCCAGAAUGCAAGGAUGCACGAAGGGACUGUUCGGCCAGGGUCAGCACUACAUCAGGGUCUUCUGUGCCAACAUGAUGGACCUGAACCAGAGAGCCGAGGCCAUCGGAUACGCCUACCCCACCCGGGACCUCUUCAUGGAAAACAUCAUGUUCUGUGGAAUCAGUGGCUUCUCCGACUUCUACAAGCUCCAGUGGCUGGAGGCCAUUCUCAGCUGGCAGAAGCCUCAGGAGGGAUGCUUCGGGAAGCCUGCUGCCAGGAAGGAGGGCCACCCCAAAGCCCCUGCGCACCAGCAGCAUGUUCUGAGAGUGAAGCGGCGAGAGAAACAAUUUACAGAUGGCUGCUCCUGCCAUAACACAGCCAUGGCGGUGGCAGCCCUGGGGGGCUUCCUCUAUGUCCUGGCGGAAUACCCCCCAGCAAAGGGAGAGCUGCAUCUGUCCACACAGUCACCACCAAGCGGCGACUGAGAGGGACGCUCCCCACCUGCUUCCCAGAAGAGGAACAGGCCCCUUCAGUCCUUCCUCAGGUCCUGGGGGCCCAGGCCACACCCUGAGGAGGAGGCAGCUGAGGAAACCGACCGGCAAGGAACCUGCGUCACCGGCUCGGGGUGUUUGGAAGCCCUUCAUGAGCAGGGUCAGGGAAUGCAGGCUGGGAGGGGUCCAGGCAUGAGCAGAUGAAUACAUUUCGAGCAUAAUCAGGA